AUGGCGCAUACACUAGCAGACGACGUCUUCGUCGGCUUCGACGUCCCCGAAGUGGACAAGCCAUUCUUACUCGAUGUACUCGCUGCACCCGGCACCCCGUGGGAUGAGAAGCUGGCUGUAUACGAUCUCGGCCUGUUCAGCGGAUACGAGGAUUGGAACCUGAUGCUUGAGAGUGCGGCCUCAAUCAAGGAGCAGAGCCCAAUCAGCUCGCCUCUCGAUGCACGGGAUCUUCUAGCCUUCGUCCCGCGGGUCAAAGAUGCCACGCUAGCCGCCGACAAGCUGCGUCAAGGUUGGGCAGCGACUGACCAGUCCAUCAAAAAAUUGGCCACGCUUCUGCGGGUUCAUCGAUCAGGCAUCGCUGUUGAACCCCAACCUGCUGCCAUCAAACGGGAGCGAAUUCUCAAGCGAGAAGGCGUCACCAAGCGCGGACGAGAAGAUGAGGAGGAGAACGAUGAUGAGGACGCCCAACCCAACAAUCAACGAGUCAAGCGACGGAGAAUCGCUCCCAAACCAUCCACAUCUCACUAUUUCGCGCCUCCCGCGGGCGAACAAUCGCCACGCAACCGGCCAGAACAGCCAGCACCAUCUCCGUUCGCCGCCGACGCGGCUCGCGCCUACACUCCGGCAGUCAUCCGCAACGGUAUCGCCACACCCAAUGUCACGCCUCGCAAACAGUCACUUGAAAAGGAGGCCCCGAAUGACACUACCGUACAAACCCCGGCGGAGCCAACGCCGUCGAGCAGCAAGGCGCAGAACGCCACUUAUAGCCAGGGAUCUUCGGGCAGAAACGCCAACCUGGCCAACCCCGUGCAGCAGUCCGUCUCGGAUGAACUCGUCCGAAUUAUUGUCCUCCGAGGAUUUGAGCCCGAUCAAGUCCGAGGACUAAAUCUUUCCGGGCCUUCGCCGAGGCGGAAGACGGCCGUCAAAUCUCCCUUCUUCAGCCUGCCAUCACCAGCCAAGCAGUCUCCUAGGUCGAAACGCGGCGCUGGACUUGUAUCCACAAUCCCCUUUCCGCGACUUUCGGCUCCUAAAUUCGGUCUGAUUCAAGAAGAGUUUGCUCACGAACCGUUCUGGCUGCUUGUGGUGGUGACCUUCCUCGUCAAGACCGCUGGGACGCUGGCCAUCCCCACGUUUUACAAGGUCAAGGAACGCUUCCCAACGCCUGCUGCCUUGGCUGACCCACGGGCGACACCCAUCAUCAUGAAUAUGAUCCAUCAUUUGGGGCUUUCUGUUGUACGGACGGCGGCGAUACAGCGGUAUGCUCGAGUCUGGCUCGAGAAGCCCCCGGCAGGAGGGGUUGUUUACAGAGUGAAGAAGUACGAUAAGAGAGACAUCGAGGCCAGCACACUUCGACCCGACAACAGUACCGAUCAAGGCUCGUCUGAAACGCCUACUACUGGAGAUGCCGACGAUGCCUGGGAAAUGGGGCACUUCACCCAGGGCAAAUACGCCCUCGACAGCUGGCGAAUCUUUUGUCGCGACGAGCUUUUGGGGCGGGCCCAAGACUGGAACGGCAAGGGCGCUGCGCCUAAUUUCCAACCCGAGUGGAUGAGAGUGCGACCCGACGACAAGGAGCUUCGGGCGUGUCUACGGUGGAUGUGGAUGCGUGAAGGAUGGGAGUGGGAUCCCGUCACGGGGGAGAGGACAGUUCUCCGAGAUGAGAUGCAAAGGGCUGUGAAUGAAGAGCGCGUAGAAUAUGACGACACGGGAGGAUUGAGGAUGCUCGACGAGCCGCGGUCAGUAUCGAGCUGA